AACAAAGUUUAAGUUGAGCCAAGACACAGCAAAUGAGCAUAAAAAUUCCAAAAGAAAGAAUAACGAAGAAAUUUCAAAAUCUAAUUCAAUUCAACGUAUACUUACUUUCCUUAAAUUAGGAAUUUUUUUCAGAGACAAUUGAGAUCCGAACAAGUAUGGUGAGACUCAAGGCGAGUCUCUGGGUUCUUCUCCUCACGCUCGUUUCAAUUCAGUUAAAGGGUUCGUUUGGAUCUGAAGAAGCUUAUGUCACGCUUUUGUAUGGAGACGAAUUCUUAUUGGGAGUUAGGGUAUUAGGUAAAUCGAUUCGUGACACUGGAUCCGAUAAAGAUAUGGUCGCUUUGGUCUCUGAUGGUGUCUCAGAUUACUCUAAAAAGCUACUCAAGGCUGAUGGAUGGAAGGUAGAGAAGAUUAGUUUACUGGCGAAUCCAAACCAAGUUCAUCCAACAAGGUUCUGGGGUGUUUACACAAAGCUUAAGAUCUUUAACAUGACUGAUUAUAAGAAAGUUGUUUAUCUUGAUGCUGAUACUAUUGUGGUAAAGAACAUUGAUGAUCUGUUUAAAUGUUCGAAGUUUUGCGCAAACUUGAAGCAUUCUGAGAGGCUAAACUCUGGUGUCAUGGUUGUUGAACCAUCCGAAGCUCUUUUCAAUGAUAUGAUGCGAAAAGUGAAGACUUUGUCGUCUUAUACUGGAGGAGACCAAGGGUUCUUGAAUUCGUACUAUCCAGAUUUCCAAAACGCUCGUGUUUUUGAUCCUAGUGUAACUCCUGAAGUCUUGAAAACCAGACCAGUUCCUGCUAUGGAGAGGCUUUCAACAUUAUAUAACGCUGAUGUUGGUCUUUAUAUGCUUGCUAAUAAGUGGAUGGUGGAUGACAGUAAACUUCACGUUAUUCACUACACUCUAGGCCCUCUUAAGCCUUGGGACUGGUGGACAGCAUGGCUCGUAAAACCUGUUGAUGCUUGGCAAAGCAUUAGGGUAAAGCUUGAGGAAACUCUUCCUGGAACUGGAGGUGGCAAAAACCAACAUGAUGACCUCGUUGUCAAGUUUCUUUUCUUGUUACCUCUUUGUGUGCUAUUGUUCUGCAUUUACCGAUCCAUUCAGGGUCGCGAGGGUUCAUUGUGCUGGAGCUCGUUAAUUAGAUCUCUUUAUUACAAAAUCAGGUCUAAUGCAACACUUGGUUAUAGCGGUGUAUCUACCAUGAAUCCCAGCUAUCAACCCCACAGUGGCAGCACACUGUCCAAGGUUCCUCAACACUUAGGGGCAGUUUCAGUUGUAGUCUGUCUUACUUCUGUUCUGAUAUCUCUUGGAAUUUCCUUUGCGAUUGUGCCGAGGCAAAUCAUGCCAGGGACUGGCUUGAUCUUGGUGUAUGAAUGGACUUUUACAAUCUUCUGUCUUUUGUUUGGUGGCUUCUUAGUUUUUGUACAUCAACAUGGAAAGAAAAUAGCAAUACAAAUAGAAUCCUCGUCCUUGGAUGAUUCUGCAAAAGGUCAUCAGCGAGCAGGUGUGUCUUGUGAUGUUACUACAUUUUAUUAUGGAUUAGGGAUGGCUUUUCUGGCUAUUGCUGCAGUUUCUUUGCCUUACAUUUUAGGGAUUACCGCUUUAUUUACAAGGUUGGGUCUAAUGGUGGGUGUAGCCAUAAUUUUAGCUGCCUUCAUGACUUAUGCUUCAGAGCACCUCGCAAUCAGAUGGUUCUUGAAAGGUCUAGAAGACCGUCGUGACACGAUGAGAUCAAAUUCCUUUUGUUUCCUCUGUUGACACAACAAGAACAACAACAAAACACACCUGAAGAAAUGUGUCACCAUUGUAACUUGCAGAAACACUCUAGCCUAUAAUCCUGAGUCAUUGUAGCUCUGUCUUGAAAUGGUUACAGCUUUGUAGCUUUGUUCUUUCUUUGUCAUCAUGUAUUGUUGCCGUUUCUCUUCUUUUACAUUUGUACAGAUUUUAUUGUUAAUACUGAAGAUCCCAUUAGUGGGCUAAUCAUCUUUCUAAA